UGCGUGCGCGUGCUGUAAGUCGUCAAACAACAAACACACGGGCAAAUAUCGCGUUCUCAAUCGCACGCCUUCGCACAAACAGCUUUAUGUUGCCUGUGGCUGUGGUGUGCGAUGUGGAGUUGGAAUAACUUCCAUUGCCACUGUGUUAGCCAGUGUCAAACGGGCGCUCUCCGAUUUCGGUGCCUCCACUCGCGCAGUGAUAUGAACCGUCAGUGCCGUCAAUAAUCGCGUAUCCCGUGUGUUGGGGUGUCUGUCGCAACUUCGAUCGACUGACAACGAUCUCCAGCUGAUGUGCGCUAUCGAAUUAAUGCAGUGACAGCGCGUCCACAUCCCAAGUGUGCAAAUUUGCGCGCAAAGUAAAAUAGCAUGGAGUUGGCAGCUACACCUGGCGCCGAGGGCCCACCUGAGGACACCAUCAAGCCAAUUGGUUGUGCGCAUUACAAAAGAAAGUCCAAAUUUGUGACGCCAUGCUGUAACAAAGUAUACACGUGCCGUUUUUGCCAUGACAGCGCUGAAGAGCAUACGGUGAACCGCAAAGAAGUUACCGAGCUAAUCUGCACGCUGUGUGAAACGCGUCAGUCGGUGCAAGCGGAAUGCCAAAAUUGUGGCAUACGAUUCGGAAAGUACACAUGCCUAGAAUGCAAUCUGUUUGAUGAUGAAGAUAAGAAUCAAUACCACUGUUCUGGUUGCGGUAUAUGCCGAAUUGGCGGUGCAGAGAAGUUCUUUCACUGUCAGAAAUGUAAUAUGUGCCUACCGGUGCAACUGCAGGACGGGCACAAGUGUGUAGAGAAUGUGUCGCGUGCGAACUGCCCCGUGUGUUUGGACGACAUCCACACGUCGCGUAUUCCGUGCCACAUACCUAUGUGCGGCCAUCUUCUGCACCGCACGUGUUUCGAGCAGCUGCUGAAAGCCGGCCAUUAUGCGUGCCCCACUUGCCAAACUUCGCUGAUGGACAUGUCGCAAUUGUGGAAGUACUUGGACAACGAGGUCGCCCACACCACCAUGCCGACGGAGUACUCCAACUAUAUGGCUGAUAUUCUAUGCAAGGAUUGUCAUAAAGAAAGCACCGUGCAAUUCCACGUAGUUGGCUUAAAAUGCACACACUGUGGGUCGUACAACACGUGUAGGAUCAAAGGAACGCCGUUCCAGGUGCAGCUACAGGAGCGUGGCAAGAACUGAGUUGGAUAUGUGGUGUGUUUUGGGGCAAAGAAAAAGACGUUCAGCUAGAAGAUAAUCACAUUUUUAUGAUCUGAUUGUGCUCUCGGAUAAUACUCACAAUCACGUCCUUCUUUCUUCGUUAUUUUUCUUUUUUUUUUCUUUUUCAAUAACAACAUAAUAUAAUAGGUAUGCAUAUAUGAAAUACACAACAACAGUAUAAUAGAAAGCCCACUAACAAAUUAUUCGAUAUUUUAAGUAUUCUCGCUUUAAAUAUGCUCGGCAGCUUCGUGUUGCGUCUUUUUUCGUUUCACUAGAGACGUAAUAUGUAAUAAUUACAUGCGAAUGUAAACGAGUCGCAUUUAUAUACCUGAUGAACGCGCCCGCACUCUUGGUUGCUCUAAACGAGAUGCGUUGUAAUGAAAAUUGUUGAUUGAAUAUGUAAUACUCGUGUUAGUAUUCGUCUCAGGAUAGUAAUUAUGUUAUAAUAUGUACAAUAUACGGAAUGUGUGUCGUCGCAAACCAAAAGAGAGGGGAAGUUUUGAAUAUUGAAUAAACAAAAUCACCCGAAUCGAUAACAAUA